GAAGGAACGGAAACGCAGGAGAGCGACCUCGACGACGAAGACGCAGGGAUGCCCAAGCUGUUGCCCCCGGAGGAAGGAUCCACGGAGCCGCCGCCGAUGGCUGAUGACAUCAUGACGUCAGCCCCCGCUUUUCCUGCCUCAACGAUGGAAGGCGAAAUCGGCGAACCUACUCCCCCAAGCGCAACCCUGAUGCAGGAAGAAGGCGCCGUCCUGCUCGGCUUCGCGGAGAACGGCGGCGAUCAGGACUCCUUGGACUUUUCUGACUGCGACGAAAGCGCAGAGGAAGAGUGGCAUGAGUCAGCACUCUUGUCCUGGAUGGCGGAAGCUCGGGCAGAAGGAACGGACCCCCCCACGUUAGCGGAGGUUUUGGACAACUUCGUCGCCCUUCACAUCAUCCGUCCGGGAGCUACUUGGACCAAUGGCCUGACGGAAAGGCCAGGAGAGGAAGAAACGCAGGCGCCAAGUGAUUACGUCAGCAAUCCGGAAGGCGAACAAUUCGACUCAGAUGACGACGUUCCCGACUUAGUCCCCUACGCGGACGAGGAAGAGGACGAGAUAGGUGAAGCUAACUUCGUAGUUGUCCCCCCGGCCGUGGCGCCGGCGCCCCGAGCGCCGCCCGCUCGCCGGGGGAAGCUCAGAUUUCGCUCCGACAUCGCGCUCAUGGGCACAGCGGCGUUCACCCAACUUUGUUACACGGAUGACACCGUCUCCUGGCUGGAACAAUUCGAGGACCCGGAAGAAAACUCUCCGGCAGAUGCGGAGCCUCUGUGCUCCCCGCCUCGACCGUUUAGGAACGAGCCCCCGGACAGACCCGACCGGGGCAUUGUACUCUCCUCCCCGCAGGAAGUCCGCUGCUUCUUCGACGAGAUGAUGCGGCAGAACGUAUACUCUCCGGAUUAUGCUUCGAACAGAAUCAGAGAGUAUGAGCAGACGUUCCUUCAAUUCGACGUGGACGAGAUCCUGCACCCCAUACCCACACCUCUACUGGCUGCGCUACCCCCCGGAUUCUGCGCUACCGUCCUGUUAGCCGAAGCGGAAGUAGAGGCUGGUGACGCUCGCGAACGAGAGCGGACAGAUGAUUGGGGAGAGGACAUAUUCGGGCUCGAGCUUCCGCAGGUCCAAAAAGCAACGGACUGCCCCGAGGUCGAAGCGAAACCGCUCCCUCGACUUCCCCCCGAGGAACAAUGGCAGUCCGUCUUGCCCCAACUGCAGAUCGCAGAAAGCUUAACUCCGGAGCAAAAGAAAAACCUUCUUGACGUCCUCAAGCGUCACCCUCACGCCUUCUCCAAAGAUCCAUCUGACCUAGGGUUGGUAAAGGGGUACACUCACAGGAUCGACACCGGGGACAUCAAACCCAUUCGGGAAGGCCCCCGGAAUCACAGCCCUUUUGAAAAAGAUGAAAUUGACAGACAAAUGAAACCCAUGGAAGACUACAAUGUGGUCCGCAGGUCAAGCAGCCCCUAUGCGGCAGCUGUCGUGCUUGCACGAAAGAAAGGGGGCAAGUGGCGCUUCUGCGUCGACUACAGGAAAAUCAACCUGGCGACCGUACCUAAUCGGUACCCCUUGCCGCGCAUCGACUCCAUCUUUGACAAGUUGGGGCGAGCGACUUACUUCACUUCGCUCGACGCGCAGGCAGGGUAUUGGCAAAUCCGGCUGCACCGGGAGGAUGUUCAGAAAACGGCAUUUCUCACCCACCGCGGUCUAUUUGAAUUUCUCCGGAUGCCGUUCGGCCUGACCGGAGCCCCGGGGACUUAUCAAAUGGUCAUGGACCAAACCCUGCAGGCAGAGAUCAGCGGACCUAAGCCAUGCGUGACGCAGUACCUGGACGACACUUAG